AUGAAGUCUGCACUCCUAUACCGAUACAGCGGCUUUUCUGGCACUGGGGGCUGUUGCAGACUACUUAACCCCAGACACGCCGCCAUCACGGCAGCUAUUUACACUUUGAACAUUUCUAUCCUCGUAGUCCUCAUCUAUAGUUGGAGAAUUAGUGUCAACGUCAAAAAAUAUUCAACAUUAGAAGAUGUAUAUUAUGGUGUACAGAUCGCUUACUUAGCUAUAAUAGGAACGCAACUCUUCAUGAUUUUUCUAAGCAUAGUACUAUUAUACGGAAUUUUUAAGGAAAAUAUUUCGCUAGUGAUACCCUGGGUAAUUGGUUUCAUAACAUUUAUGGCUUUAGAGGCGGUAUCGAUGGUGUACUCCAACGUCCUUAGGGAUCAUGUAAAUAAAGAAUUCGACGCCCUUUGUAAAGCGGAGGUGGCGUUUUUUGUAACAAGAACAUUGAUUAAUGUAAUCGCUAUCAGCGGGGUGAUGAGGUUCUGCAAUCUGCUGCGAGCGGGAAUUACUUGGAAGGGCCCCGAGGUGAUCGAACUAUGA